GUACUUGUUCUUGUGUUCCCUCACCAUCAUGAACCUUUUGACCGGAGUUCUUGUGGACGUGGUAUCGAGCGUGGCCACGGAGGAGAAAGAGAAGUUCGCGAUCAUGGAGUUCAGGGAAAGCGUCAAACAGAUGGUGCCGUCAGGCUCGUGCAAUCAGCAGGAGUUCAAAGCCUUCCUCGGCCAGCCGGAGAUGGUGAAGGAGAUGACGAACCUAGGCGUGGACACCACCGCAUUCGAGGAUUUCACAGCCUUCAUUUACGAGUUCGUGACGGAGGACUUGUCGUUGGAGGACAUUAUCUCCCUGGUCUUCCAGUUCCGAGGCAACAAGACCACCACU